AACUCACUCUGCUUCAAAAUUUAGCAAAAAUUAAUGGCAAAGAAUUCAUUUUUAUUACACAUUUUGUUGUUUUUUGUUCUUAUGUUGAGUUUGUUUGAUGGGAUUUUAUCACAAUAUGAGUUGGAGGAACUUACAUGGUUAGAUGAUAAAGACGAUGAAAUUUCAAUGUUUCAUAGCCAACAUUCUUCUAUGAGGAGAUGUGAUUUUACUUCUGGGAAAUGGGUUUUUGAUCAAAGUUAUCCUCUUUAUGACUCAACUUGUCCUUAUCUUAGUACUGCUGUUACUUGUACCAAAAAUGGUAGACCUGAUUCUGAUUAUGAAAAAUGGAGGUGGAAGCCACAUGGUUGUGAAGUUCCAAGGUUUAAUGCAUUGGAAUUUCUUGGAAGGAUGAGGAAAAAGAGAAUUAUGCUUGUUGGUGAUUCUAUAAUGAGGAAUCAAUGGGAAUCUCUUGUUUGCUUAGUUCAAUCUGUUAUCCCUAUGGCUAGAAAAACAGUAACUUAUGUUGGUCCUACUAUGGCCUUCCAUGCUAUGGAUUUCGAGACAACAAUAGAGUUCUGCUGGGCUCCUUUCUUGGUGGAACUGAAGAAAGGACCAGAAAACAAGAGAAUAUUGCAUCUGGACAUGAUUGAAGAGAAUGCAAAGUAUUGGAGAGGAGCUGAUGUUCUUGUUUUUGAUUCAGCUCAUUGGUGGACUCACUCCGAUAAAUAUAGUUCGUGGGACUUGAUUAUGGAAGGGAACAGUUUCUAUAGAAACAUGAACCCAAUGGUUGCCUAUGAGAAAGGACUAAUGACAUGGGCUAAGUGGGUUGAUUUGAAUCUUGAUCCUCGAAAAACUCGAGUUUUCUUCAGAAGCAUGUCACCUCGACAUAACAGGGAAAAUGGAUGGAAAUGCUUCAACCAGAGGGAGCCUCUGGAGUUCUUUAGCCAUCCGCAUGUACCAGAACCACUGCUGGUGCUAAAAGAGGUGCUACGAGGGAUGAGUUUUCCGGUAUCUUUCCAGGAUAUAACAACAAUGACAGCUCUUCGAAGAGACGGACAUCCUUCUGUCUAUAGUAAGUUUGUAAGCCAAACAGGUAAGCAGCACUUAGGAGACUAUAAAUCUGAUUGUAGUCAUUGGUGCCUUCCUGGAGUACCUGAUACCUGGAACGAAAUGCUGAAUGUCAUGCUCUAGUUAGUAAGACGUAACAAUGAUAUAGCUAGGAGGUCAUCGAUGAGAUGGCCUAUUUUCAAUGUUAAGCUAUCUUUCUAUUUUAGUCUUGCUUGAUGUUUUCAUCACUGUACUUCAGUGCUGAGUGUUUAAUGUUGUAUCCUAUGUAAACAACUGAUGCUUCUGAAUGUGAGAUACUAUGUUAGUCUCAAUUUUAUCAAAGGCGAAUAGUGAAGAAAAACUCCAAAGUUUA